CAUUGGUUGUCUCACUCUAAUCAGCAGAGCGAGAUGAGGACAGCGUGUUGAUAGCUAUCAACCUGCUAUUAAUGUCUACGCUAUUCUUGUAAACCUUUAUUAGCUUCUUCGUCUAAUGUUAAUUGUUAUUUUAAUUAAUCCGCUUUAUAGACCGGGCUUUGUGUGUAGUUUUUGCGACGGGAACCAUGUUUUUGUGUCGUGGAGCGAGGCUGUCGGCCACGGCUUUGGAGCUGGGUUUAAACUCCACGACCAGGGCAGCGGCGCAACUUAAAGCAAACAGACCAGCUGACAUUACCUGGCCAUUGCGUAACAGCCAUACAUUACAUCGCUCCCGAGCGUUUUGUGGAUAUGUCCGUGGUGGUGGCCGGGAUGAUUCUGCACUUUCGCCUGAUGGAAAGCGAGAAAAGAGGGAGAAGGACAUGUUUUCCAUCAAAAACUGGGACUCGGUUCGUUUCAUAAUCACACAUCGGGAACAAUUACCUCGAGUAACCCUGUUCGCUUUCAAUUUCUCCAACAAAACUAUUUUCAGCCCUACAUAUUGUAACACUAGCUUACCGCUACAUCGGACGAAUGGAGGCCAAAACAGACAGAAACUACAUAUAGAUGGACUUGAAACUGUUUUGUUUACGUCUGGCGCGAAGGUCUGCAAGCAUCGCUGCUGUCCCACAUCGACUGUGCAAAUGAGGGAUCUAUCGUCUGUUGCUGCCGCGCCAAAAGGCCUGGAAGACUCGACCGCUGUCUUCAAAGGGGACCAGACUCCAAAAGAAGCCUCAGCCAAGGUCCCUGAGGAGCCCAAGGUACCGGAGCCCGAAGAGGACAAACCUAGCAAGGCCCAGCAGCUGAAGAAGGUGUUUAAGGAGUACGGAGCAGUUGGAGUCUCCUUCCACAUAUGCAUCUCUCUCAUGUCUCUGGGAAUGUUCUACCUUGCUGUGUCCAGUGGGAUUGACAUGACUGCCAUCCUGUACAAGAUAGGUUUUAGUGAAUCUCUGCUUCAGUCCAAGUUGGCGGCGGGGACCAGUACAUUUGUCUUAGCGUACGCCGUCCACAAGCUCUUCGCUCCUCUCCGUAUCAGCAUUACUCUGGUGUCGGUGCCUCUCCUCGUUCGGUACCUCAGAAAGACUGGCCUCUUCAAGACCCCCAACUCACCCACACCCUGAUUGGCAGACACCACCACCUCACCCACAGCCUGAUUGGCAGACAUCACCACCUCACCCACAGCCUGAUUGGCAGACACCCCCACCUCACCCACAGCCUGAUUGGCAGACACCCCCACCUCACCCACAGCCUGAUUGGCAGACACCCCCACCUCACCCACAGCCUGAUUGGCAGACACCCCCACCUCACCCACAGCCUGAUUGGCAGACACCCCCACCUCACCCACAGCCUGAUUGGCAGACACCCCCACCUCACCCACAGCCUGAUUGGCAGACACCCCCACCUCACCCACAGCCUGAUUGGCAGACACCCCCACCUCACCCACAGCCUGAUUGGCAGACACCCUCACCCACAGCCUGAUUGGCAGACACCCUCACCCACAGCCUGAUUGGCAGACACCCUCACCCACAGCCUGAUUGGCAGACACCCUCACCCACAGCCUGAUUGGCAGACACCCUCACCCACAGCCUGAUUGGCAGACACCCUCACCCACAGCCUGAUUGGCAGACACCCCCACCUCUAUAACUUCCAUAACCUUACAAAUAUUCCCUGUUUUUUCAGAUAUGGCUUGUGGAGGAUUUCUAGACUCAGGAAGGAUUAAGCUUUGAGGAGUUCCUGUAACUUGGAAUUCUUCAACAGGAUUUCUGCAGGAGAACAGACAGGGACUUUUUGGGAUGUUUUUCUGAAUGUUGAAACUUCUUGAUAACCCACGAAGCCCACUUUUAACCCACCUGUAAAUAAACAUUUUCCUUUUUAUAUAGGAAAGUUCAGUAGUUAGACCUCACGAUGUCUGUUUCAAGGCUCUGCAGUUUCCGUUUGUUUAUUUUGUUACCUUCGCUUCUGCUGAACAGAAGUCAUGGUCCAUGGUGAUUUUGUUGAGCCGGUAGCUCACGAAGAAAUACACGCCAUGUCUUUCUGUGAAUUAUUGGAACAAAAUAUGAAAGAAUAAAGUAUGAAUCCACUGUU